GCUCCUUGCAGCGCGCAAGAACACACUUCAGUUGCCUUCACGGAUUCAGUGUGCGUUCGUGCGUGCGUGCUGUUGACAUGGGAUGAUUCACACAAGCAACAAAGAUGAGUGAUGACAUUUUUGAGGUCCCUGAAGGGACUGAAUAUCGUUACUUGGUUCAGGACGAGGGACAGGAAGAGAUCCAGUACGUCCGACGCCACUAUGUCAGUCCAUUCCUGGUGGUAUCACGCAGGUGUAUGUUCCUCAUCGGCUGCGGCGUGCUGGCCCUCCUCGCCCUCGCCGGAUACCUGGCUUACGUGGCCGGGACCCUCCCUCGGGGAUUCGCAGAGGUGGAGACGGAUUGUGGAUGGCUGCGUGGGCAAUGGAAAUACGGGGCGUAUUCUUUCAAGGGCAUCCCAUAUGCCGUGCCACCUGUGGGCCAACACCGUUGGCGCCCCCCGGAAGACCUUCUGGAGGCGGGGAAGUGUUGGAACGGCAUGUACGAUGCCACCCGGUUCCUCAGCACGUGCGCACAAGUGCAGCCUUUACGUAAAUAUGGGAAAGUUAUGGGGCAAGAAGACUGUCUGCAUCUUAACGUGUGGACGCCGAGCCUUCAUCCAGCCAAACCCUUGCCCGUCAUGGUGUGGAUCCACGGGGGGUACCUUCAUAUGCUGAGCGGCCAUGAAAGAGGCUACUCGCCCACUGAAGAGCUGGCGGCGCGCACGCAGACAGUGUUCGUCAGUAUGAAUUACAGGCUCAAUGCAUUUGGUUUCAUGGCCCUUGAGGUGCUGAGGGAAGGUUCUGCCACCAACUCUUCAGGAAAUUAUGGCUUCAUGGACCAGAUCCAAGCCCUUCAAUGGGUCCAGAGGAAUAUCCACAACUUUGGUGGGGAUGCAGAAAGGGUUACCAUAUUUGGUCAAAGCUCAGGAGGUACAUCCGUUUGGACCCUGAUGAUGUCACCACUGGCCAAAGGUCUGUUCCAUCAGGCCAUCGACAUGAGCGGCUCGUACAUUUAUAACGCUUCCCUGGAAUCGGCCGAAAGAGACAACUUAAAAUUCCUGAAGAACACCGGCUGCAAGGAUGCCGUCUGCCUGAGAGCUCUGAACAUCACUCAAGUCCUUCAGGCAGUUCCGUGGCAGGAGUACCCGUCCUGGGCAGCUGAUGAUCUCACCGAUCUUCCAGUGAAGGGGAGAUUUGUCGGCCCGGUUGCUGUAGUUGAUGGCCAUGUUCUCCGUGAGCCUCCGUUUCAGUCGUGGAAGAAGAAGAAUGGAAUCUAUAAUGAUGUUCCUUUUGUUGUUGGCACAACAGAACAAGAAACUGACUUUAGUCCUCCUUACGAAAACAUCUCAACGUGGACUUGGGGCGACUAUCGGUGGUUUGUAACAGAGAAAUUGACUCUUUUUGGAGAGGCUGUGACCAGUCGGGCCCUGAAGCUGUAUGGUAGUUCAGCACCAUGCCCGACCUCUGACCGAUGUCCAGAGAGACUCUACACCACCAUGACCUCUGACAUGAGGGUCACCUGCCCCAAUAAUGACCUGGCUAAAAGAGCUGCAGGAGCUUUAAAAAGCCCAGUGUACCGCUAUCUUGUGACUUACACGCCAUCACGACAAGUGAACGCCUCCAGCUGGCUCCCAUUCCCCAGUCGCUUUGCCUUUCAUCUUCUGGACAGCCUGGCCUUCUUCGGGAGUCUUGAAAUGGUGAUGGGAACUCUGUCACCUGCUGACAUUAACUUCCAGGAAGUGGUCACCAAAUAUUUCCUCCAUUUUGCCAAAGAAGGUAAGAUGCCAGAGGAGUGGUCUGAAUAUCCCUCACACACUGCAGUUCUGGGGAAGAACGUUUCCUUCACAAUGAGUUACUCUGGCCAGCGGUGUGACCUGUGGGAGGAGAACGGCUUCUACUCAUACGCCUGGAUGAACUGAACCACAUAAUCAUCUGAGUUAUCGACCCGUCCAGCACACCUUCCUCUGUCUGUGUCACAUGAGCGAAGCUUGAUUGUGUGAUUAUGUUGAAGUAUUGAUACACUGUAAAAGACUUUUCUGAGCAGGGAACGCAUUUGCUUGCAGUUAUUUGCACCUUGAGGAAAAUACAUUCCCAUAGGAAAGGAAAGUGACAAAUGAGAUCUCCUUAAUAUGUAAACAU